CCCUGUCCCCCCAGGCACCAUGGUGCGCAUGAACGUUCUCGCCGACGCGCUGAAAAGCAUCAACAAUGCCGAGAAGCGCGGGAAGCGGCAGGUGCUCAUCAGGCCCUGCUCCAAGGUGAUCGUGCGCUUCCUCACCGUCAUGAUGAAGCACGGUUACAUCGGUGAAUUUGAGAUAAUUGAUGAUCACAGAGCUGGGAAGAUUGUUGUCAAUCUAACAGGCAGACUGAACAAGUGUGGUGUAAUCAGUCCCAGAUUUGAUGUUCAGCUGAAGGAUUUGGAAAAGUGGCAGAACAACCUACUGCCUUCACGUCAGUUUGGGUACAUAGUGCUGACAACCUCAGCUGGCAUCAUGGACCACGAGGAGGCUAGGCGAAAACACACAGGAGGCAAAAUCCUGGGAUUCUUUUUCUAAAACUUGUAAAAAAAAAGAGGAUACUAAUAAAUUGUUCAAAUGGA